AAAAAACUUCCAUUUGUAUAAAUUUGCCACAAUUUUGAAAAUUUUAGUGGAGGUGGGAAAAUUUUCUCCCUCUUGAAAACCAUUUUCUGUGGAAUCUUUUCUAUAAUAUCGAAAAAUACCAGGCUUUUUUUUAGUUUACAAGAUACAAGCUUCAUUGGUUCUCUCUAAAAUUUUUACCUCCUCAUUGUUUUCAGCCUGCACCUCAGACACUUUUUUUGGGGGGCAUAUAGAGGGACUGAAUGUACAAAUCAUUUGAGUCUGCAAUUUUGUUUACAACAAGUAACAUUUAAAGCAUGUGAUAUUGAUAAUAUUGUGUGGGCUUGACCUACUGUAAUUUGAUUGGCUGUUCAGAUGGUUAAAGUGAUUUGUAUAUUUACCAUAUAACAGUGAGGAAAGGAAGACUUUGCACUGUAAAAAAUAUUCCGUAGUUUUUACAAAAUAAUUUUGGCAGCUGUGGUUGCCAGAAUAAUUUUGUAAAAAACACAGAAAAACUGUAAACACAUUUACAGAACAAACUGUCAAUUUUACAGUAUAAAACUGUAAUUUACAAACAAGAAAAUUUGAAUGUAAACAAGUAAAUUCAACAAUGCACACUACUACUAAAAUCUGUUUUGUACCUUUAACAUAUACUGACAACCACCAUAAUAAUGCAGGUGGUAAAAGAGAAAGCCACAUAAAGAAUCAGAGUUCAUCACAAAUAGCUUUUCCACGAGCUGAAGUAUAUACUAAUGUAAAGAGGGUGCAAAGAGUCAUUCACGCAAACGCAAAACACCAUCAUGGUAACCCACAACACUUACAUAAUGCAAUAAACAUUCAUUAAACAACAGAAGAUGUAACAUAAAACCCUAAUGUACAUAACUGAUAACAAAAACUAUUAAGAAACAUGAUUUUUUAAACAAAAUACUUUCAAAUGUGAAGUGUCACACAGGGAAUUGUGGGAAUAUCAGUUUACAGUUUUUGACUGUAAAUUAUACAUUGAUUUGUUCUUUUUUACUUCUACAAAUUGUAAAAUUUACAGCAUUUUACUGUGAAAAUUACAUAAAAUGUCUGGUAAGAGCUUUUAUAGUUUUUCCCUGUAUAUAGUACUGGAACUUACUGUUAACCUAUUUACAAUUUUUUUCCGUAGUGUUUUUACAAUAUUUCACUGUUAAAAUCACAUUCAUUUUUUACAGUGCAGGAAAGAGUUAACUGAUUUUAAAUACACACUGAAUCUGAUGAAGAGAGAUCUAGCAGCAAAAUCAGCUGGAUACAACAAAACAAAUGAGAGUGAGUUUAACUUUGUAAACAGUAGAACAGGAGAGGCAGAAAACAAUUUUUUGGUAACACUUUACAGGUUGCAUUUAGUUAACUACAUUAGUUAACAUGAACUACAAAUAAAAAUACUUCUAAAGCAUUCAUUAACCUUAUUUAAUAUGAACAUUUAAUACAUUAUUAAAUUCAAAAGUUGUUUUUGUUAAUACUAUUUAAUGGAACUGAGCUAACAUGAACUACAAACUAACAUUAACAAUUCUUAAUAAACACUGUAACAAUAAACACUGUAGCAAAUGUAUUGUUAAUGUUUAAUUUUUAACAUAUGGCAAUUAUGCAAAUAAAUUCAACCAUCUGAACAGCCAGCUAGAAAUACAGUCACUCCAACAUAAUAUCAAAUGAUUCAAGUUGUAAACAAAUUCUGAAAAAUAUGAUCUAAUAAUUAUCCAUGUCACUUAAAACCUGCAUCUAAAGAGUUUAUUCUUGAGGAAGAAGGCAGGCUCUAGACUUCAUCACUGUCAUUACAUAAACUACACUUUAUUGAUGUAUAAAUGAAACCUUAGACAGAAUAGAAAGUUCAGAGUAAAGAAUCUGGAGCUGACGUGUUUAAUGACUUUGUUCAGGUAGAUAAGAGCUUGAUGAUUAUAAAUACAGCAUGAUACAGCAUGAUCUUUCAGCAACUCACAUGAAGCUCAAAUCAGCAUUGCUAGAAGAAACAUAUCUCAGACCAGACCACCACUAACUGUUAUUAUGGAUCUAAAACAACGCCUUAAGAAGCUGGAGUGCCACUUCACCUGGGAUCUGGAGUACAGUACAAAUGAACUCCAGGAAUUACUGAGCAACCUGAAUGAUGUGGACCGGGAAACAUGCACUUGGCUGGUUCACUAUUACAACCUGCUGGCCUACAUCCAUCAGGCUCUUGGCUCCAGCACAGAGGCGCUGAUGAACCUGGACAAAGCAGAAAGUGUGAUCCAGGAGCAGGGAAGAGAAGAGGCUGGAGUCCGGCUGCAGGUCAACAAAGCUAACCUGGCUUGGGUCUACUUCCAUUUGGGAAAGCUGGAGAAGAGCAAAGAAUAUCUAGAAGAGGUGGAGAGGCUUCAGCGAAUGCAUCCUGCUCCACCUGGAUGCACUUUACACCCUGAAGUCAGUGGAGAAAAGGGCUGGACGCUGGUAAAGUUUGACUUGUCAAAAAGGCACCAGGCGAUUGAUUACUUUAAAAUGGCUUUAGAAGCACAACCGGAUAGGAAGGAAUGGCACAAAGGUCUUGCCAUGGUGAUGAACAUGGAAUGUGUACAGUCUAAAUUCACUCCAGAACAGAUUGUAGAGCAACUGAAAAUUGCACAUGAGAAAGACCCAAGUAGUUUGCUCCUUCAUGCUCAAUAUUUAUUAAAACUGUGUGAUCAGAAACCAUCAGAGCAUAAAAAAACUGUGUCAUCAGAAGACAUUGAAAGGGAGAUGCGAGAUUUACUAGAAAGAACUCUUGAAACUGGAAACCUGGAGGGUUUGCAUAUUAUUCUCAGGUAUUAUAGAAAAGAGAUUUCUUUUGAUAAAGCUAUUCAAAUAGCAGAGACAGUUCAAGAAAAGUUCCCCUCUUCAGUUAAAGCAUCAAAACCUUUGGCAAACUGCUACAAAUGGAAGGUUUACAACAUGGAAGACAGUGAGGAAAAGGAGAUUUUUGCUAAGAAAGCCAUUAAGCUCUUUGAGAAGGUUGUCAGACGUAACCCUCACUCAUACAAGGUAAAGAUAUCCCUUGCAUCAAUGCACAGAUAUGCACACAACAGGAAGAGAGCAGAUGAGAUUUACCAGCAGCUCCUGUCAGAGAUAAAUGAUCUUUCUCCUGAUAGGCAACAGCAUAUUUACUACAAUUAUGCCUAUCAUCUAUUUAUCUGCAGACAGUAUGAAGAAUCAAUCAAAUAUCACAUGAAAGUAGCAAAAAUCCCAAGUGAUACAGUUGACAAACAGAAGAGCAUAAAGAUUCUUCAAAAAAUUGUGGGAAAAGGUAGAAGCCAUCAGUGUGAGGAAAUUCUGCUUAUUCUGGAGAGAAUUAAUAUUUCUGAUUAAAAUGCCAUGCUUCAUCAAAAAACAAACAAACAAACAUACAAACCUUCCAUUUGUAUAAAUUUGCCACAAUUCUGAAAAUUUUAGUGAAGGUGGGAAAAUUUUCUCCCUCUUGAAAACCAUUUUCUGUGGAAUCUUUUCUAUAAUACCGAAAAAUACCAGGCUUUUUUUAGUUUACAAGUUCUAAGUUUCAUUGGUUCUCUCUAAAAUUUUUACCUUGUUUUCAGCCUGCACGUCAGACACUUUUUUUGGCAUAUAGAGGGACUGAAUGUACAAAUCAUUUGAUUCUGCAAUUUUGUUUAGAACAAGUAAUAUUUAAAGCAUUUGAUAUUGAUAAUAUUAUGUGUGGUUGACCUAUUUUGAUUGGCUGUUCAGAUGGUUGAAGUGAUUUGCAUAUUUACCAUAUAACAGUGAGGGAAGGAAGACUUUGGUUAUGAAAUCCAUUGAGGUGUUUGAGGAGGUUUUCAGACAUUACCCUAAUCUUCUACAUGAAAGAAAUCUCAAAAAUGAAAAACAAAAAGAGUAUAAGUCUUUAAAAGUAUUAUGAGGAGGGGCAGAGACCCUCGCUUGUAGGGCAAUUCAGCAUUUUCUGGAGGGAAUUAAGACUUCUAUUAUAAUGUGCACGAACGCAACAGUCAAGUUAUAAACAAUGUCCCAAAUCAUACAACAAUCAUUAUUGGAGGUUGUUCUCUUUAAAUUUCACACUAUGCAGAAACCACAAUGAAGAAAUGGUGAAGAAAAUUAAGAAAAACAUAUAAAGGGAUGUGAUGGAAAUUUUGAACUAAUUAAUAAUGAACUAACAUUUCUUUUCUUCUACAGGCCUAAUAAGCUAACUUUGAAAUAGAGAAAUAGCAACUAGGACUGAGUGUUGUAACAAAUGGGAAAAUUCUGCUGUGCUGGCUAGACGGCAUCCUUCUAAGGAUAAAAAAUAGUCUUUGAAAAAUUGUUUUAACCUAUUGAGUAAUCUGAACUAUUAACCUGGUGAUAUUUCUUGAUGAUCUUGUGAUUCAGUUGUUCUAAUCUAAAUUUACUCCGCCAGUAAGCGGGACAGAGGAACUGAGAUGUUUUUCUUAAAUCUGAACCAACCAUAUUAAGACUGAUGAUAAUGAGUAAUAGAUCAUGCUAUACUGACUGUGAAAUGUACCUGAAAUCCUAUAAAACCUGCUGUAUUCCUUUGUUUGGAGAGAGAUUCUCUAGGAUUGAUGGGAACUCUCCCGGCCGUGAUUAAAGCUUUGAAGGACAAAA